AUGUCUGCUCCUCCUCCCUCAUUUCCUUCCUUCCCACCUGCAUUCUACUCCUUCCCUGUCAUAGAAGCCGGACCGAGUAGACCACAGCAGGAGACAACCCUUGAUCGUAAAGAAAAACACGAGAGGAGUAAGCAUAAGAGAGACCAGGACAAGGACCAUGAGAAGCGGAAGAAAGACCGACAAGACUCCAGAGAUGAACGACGCAAGAAGCACAGAGGGCACAAGCAGGUUCAGGACAAGUUCUCAAACAACAUCUCGCUCCCCACACCCCGCGAGAGGGAACCUUACUCAUCGACAUCACCCGAGGAUUUGACGUAUAGCUCUUUCUACUCUGAUCGCAAAGGAGACCGUUUAAAUGUCACAUAUGGUGGACUGCAUACCGGGGAUGUUCCCAGAUAUCGUUUGGUCGCUAGGGGGAAGCGCGUUCUUGGACUAAGUGACGGUUUUUUUGUCAUAUACCGAGGACCUCGAGUGGUAGAGAUUGAUGUCUGGCGCAAGCAAAAGCACCCAGAGCUCACUGAUUCUAGGACCCGACGCCUGCUGCUUGCCCCGCCAACGAAGAGGCUCGUCUGCUCUCCAGGCAGGGAGUACAGGUAUGAAGAAGUAGAUGGCUUCCUCCGUCUCCCCUCUUCAAGGCCACGCGACAUCAACAACGGGGCGUUCCUGGAGAAUACGAUGGAUUUGAAUGAGGACUCUGACCUCUCUGGGCCCUCUAGCGAGGAGGAAGGCGUCGACAGCGGGGAUGACUCUGACUCUGUCACCCUUGACUCGCGGCAGGUUACACUCAAAGGACUGGAAGAGCAACUUGUGUUGAACCCCACAUCCAUACCAAACUGGAUGAAUCUUCUCUCGCUCUUACUCUCUGUGGUUCCCUUGCACUCAAAGAACUCCCUCAAAACCCGAGCCGAAAUCUCUUUGCCUGUCCUUUCACGUGCGCUUUCUGCCCAUCCGGAUAACAAGAAAUCCGUAAAGCUUCGCCUGAGGCUACUGAGCAUAGGCGAAGAGCUGUGGAGUAACGAGAAACUCUACGAGGAAUGGGAAGACGCGCUCACUAUCGGCAACGCAGAGCUGUGGAUGGCAUGGCAGGAUUGGCGCAUACGAAUACCGCGCAAUGGCAUUGAUGGAGUAGUGACGGAUGCCGAUCGAGUGCUAUCAGUUCUCGAGAGAGAUGAAGUUGAAAAGCUGCGCGUGUUCUGGAGGGUUGCGGUCGCAUUUCGUGAUGCAGGGUACUCAGAGCGCGCAUUGGCUCUAUUUCAAGCUCAAGCCGAACUGACUUUUCAUAGGCCUUCCGAGCUCGUUACUGCACCUCACAAUAUCGCGCUCGAUCGCUUGGAGCUGUUCUGGGACUCUGAAGUUCCCCGCGUUGGUGAAGCAGGUGCAUCCGGAUGGGCGGUUUGGGAAAUGUCCGGCUUCCCUGACGCAGCUGCCGAGCCUUCACACCGUUCACCGCAAUUACCGAGUAUCGCAGACCCUUAUGUUCGCUGGGCCACCGAAGAACAGCUCAAAGACCACUCUCUACCCAUGCCAGCGCGAUCAUAUGACAGGGAGUCCAGCAGUGACCCUUAUUCCACCAUCUUGUUCAGUGAUCUUCGUCCCCUGUUGGUUAAUCUCACUUUCUCGGGCUCGAAGCAAGCAUUCCGGCUUGUGUGGCUGUCAUUCGUUGGCCUCUAUCUACCUGGCUUUUCUUUAUCUCUCUCAGCGGAUCCCGCCAAUUCAACGGACGAUAAGUGGUGUAACGCACACCUGGCGUCUUCAACGAUCCUUGCUAGACUCUUUCCUGACGAGCCGCUGUCGAAACGCGUGACUGCGGACGCCCGUAGCGGUGUGCUCGUAGGACGGGAGCAGCGAUUUCAGAGUGCUUUCGGACCUGUCAAAGAGUGGAGUAUGGACGUUUUGGACGCUACCGAAGCUGCUGUGGGUGGACGAUGCGCUGUCUGGUUGCAUGAAGAUAUACCAACUGAUCACGCGGCCCUCGUACGCGAGAUCUUCCGACAGUGCAAGCUGCCAAACCAGGACGCACAGUGGGACACGCUACGUGUUGCGUUUGAAGGGGCUGUUGACGCGAGACAAGCUAUCAAGAUCUCGAAGGAACUGGUAGCGAAUGUUCAAGAUUCCUUAUUUCACUGGCGGGCGCACGCACGCUUGGAACGGUCGCGAGGAAAGACUGAAAACGCCCGAAAGGUGUAUCGAACGGUCCUCGCUGCCGAAAGUGCAAGGACGCCGUCCUCUGGGCCUCUCUGGUGGGACUGGGCCGAGAUGGAAUGGUUAAGCGGUGCAUCCGACUCUGCUUUGCAAGUAAUCCUACAAUCAACCGGGACAAAUGGCUCGGGGAGCGUAGUGGUUCUACGCGCAAAGCGAGAGCUGGAUGAGGUGCGCAGCAGUCUGACCGAGGAGCGAUGGAAAGAGCGCGAGGCAUGGGUCAACCUCCGAGCGCUGCUGGAGUUGCUAACUUCAACUGUGUCGUCCAUGCUGGCUGUUUUUGACAACACCUUUGCCCGGCUCUCACCGCCAUCAGAAGCACACGAGAGUCUGAGCGUCGCGACGCUCUCCAUGCUCUACGUUCACGGCGUCAUUCUUCGCAAUCCGGCAGCACCGGCUAUCUUCAGAGAGCGGGCGGAAGCUGCCGCUCGAUUGUACCCGAACAACACAAUUCUUCUCGGGUUGUUCUUGGAGGCCGAGAAAGGUCAGGGCGUAUGGGGCCGAGUGAGGUUUAUGUUCGGGGAUACAGAUCCCGAGUUGAGUGAGAAAGGUCUUCACCGUGUUCUCGCGGAGAUGUGGGCUAUUGGUUGGGAGAAAGGCUCAUGGAGAGCAGAAGAGGAACGCAUCCGGAACAGGUUCUCGGCUGCCGUGCAGAGUCGUAGGUUGCGAGGUAGUGCCGUCCUAUGGCGUGCAUAUCUCGAAUUUGAGAUUCGCACUGGGCGAUUAAAGCAGGCCAAGCUAUUGCUUUUCCGAGCCAUCAGAGAGUGUCCUAUGGUCAAAGAGCUCUAUAUGCUGGCCUCCAUUCCACUGAGAUCGCAGUUUACGCCUCGCGAACUGAAUGAGCUCGGGGACACUAUGGCCGAGCGGGGCAUUCGGAUGAGAACGGCGCUGGAUGAGGCAGUGGAGGGCUGGGCUGAGCCUCGGAUGCUGUCCGGGCGAAAGGAGGAGUUGGAAUGGGGCGAGGAGGAGAUCGAGCACAACGCUGAGGAGCUCCGGAGGCUGAAGCCAUAUUAA